AUGUCAUCAAGCGAGGUCGAAAAGAUCACUGAUAUCGUUCGCAGCGACCACACCCAAUGGAAGUGCCACAGCUGUAAGGCCAUGAACAGUAUGGACUCUGAGUUCUGCACCAGUUGCCAGAAAUCACGAGUCAACCAGUCUUUCGCUGCCACGAGUAGUGGGGAGAUCAUUGGGCGACAUGCUGGAAAGAAUGCCGCAGGAAAGGAAGAAUGGCGUUGA